UAGAAAUACAAUUUUCCUACAUCAGGUUUAUAUUAAAAUAUUAUGCAUAGUAACUACCUACAUGAAACUUCGCUUAGUUUUUACUUUGCGUUAGACACCGGGAAACGGAGCAAGAGACAGUAUUUAAUUAAAUCCCUAAUUUAUAGUAGUAAAUAAUCGGUGUAAAUAGCGAUCGGCUUUUAUUUGAAGAAAAGUUGGAUAUUAAUUUGAGAGUGUAUUUUGCAAUAUUUCUGUUGUUUUUAGUAACUUAGUAGUGAAUUAUCAUUGUUUGAUUGUGCCGUCCGGCGAUGAUUUGACAGCUCCAUUUCGUUCCUGUUAAUGCUAAGGGCAGUUGUGGUGGUUUCAGUGUUCAGUCACAUCUGUAUUAUUUUUAAGAACUUUAUUUUUUGUGUAAAGGAAAGUGCACGCAUAAUACCGAACUGCAGGUGAACUGUAACUGCAUAAGAUGUCUGACGACGAUUUUAUGUGUGAUGAUGAAGAAGAUUACGGCUUGGAAUACUCAGAAGACAGUAACUCUGAACCCGAUGUUGAUCUGGAGAACCAAUACUAUAACAGCAAAGCUCUCAAAGAAGAGGAACCGAGAGCUGCUUUAACAUCAUUUCAGAAAGUAUUAGAUCUAGAGGGUGGAGAGAAGGGCGAAUGGGGUUUCAAAGCUUUGAAGCAAAUGAUUAAGAUAAACUUUCGUUUAUCAAAUUACGACGAGAUGAUGAGACGUUAUAAACAACUCUUAACGUACAUCAAAAGUGCAGUAACCAGAAAUCAUAGUGAAAAAUCUAUCAACUCCAUUUUGGACUACAUUUCAACUUCCAGAAAUAUGGAAUUGCUGCAGAAUUUCUACGAAACUACACUAGAAGCUUUAAAAGAUGCCAAGAAUGAUAGGCUAUGGUUUAAAACUAACACCAAACUUGGAAAGCUGUAUUAUGAUAGAGGAGACUUUAAUAAAUUAGGAAAAAUACUUAAGCAGUUACACCAAUCUUGUCGAACCGAUGACGGAGAAGACGACUUGAAGAAAGGCACUCAACUCUUAGAAAUUUAUGCCUUGGAAAUUCAAAUGUAUACUACUCAGAAAAACAACAAGAAACUGAAAGCUCUGUAUGAACAAUCUUUGCACAUUAAGUCGGCGAUUCCUCAUCCAUUGAUUAUGGGCGUCAUUAGAGAAUGUGGGGGCAAAAUGCACUUGAGAGAAGGGGAAUUUGAAAAAGCUCACACCGACUUUUUUGAAGCAUUUAAAAACUAUGAUGAGUCAGGAAGUCCUAGGCGAACAACUUGCCUGAAAUAUCUAGUCUUAGCAAAUAUGUUAAUGAAAUCGGGAAUUAAUCCAUUUGACUCUCAGGAAGCCAAACCCUACAAAAAUGAUCCAGAAAUAUUAGCAAUGACAAAUCUGGUCACGGCUUAUCAAAAUAAUGAUAUUAAUGAUUUCGAGUAUAUCUUAAAACAAAAUAGGCAGAAUAUUAUGGAUGAUCCUUUCAUUCGUGAACAUAUCGAAGAUCUAUUAAGAAACAUCAGAACACAAGUUCUGAUUAAAUUAAUCAAACCCUACACUCGGAUACAGAUUCCGUUUAUUUCUACUGAACUUAAUAUUGAUGUUCAAGAAGUGGAAAGUUUGCUGGUUGCUUGCAUAUUAGAUAAUACAAUUCAAGGAAGAAUUGAUCAAGUGAAUCAAGUGUUGUUUUUGGAGAGAAGAACAAUAAAUACAGCCAGAUAUAUUGCUUUAGACAGGUGGGCAAACCAAUUAAGCACAUUACACGCAUCAAUUGUAAAUAAGAUGGCCUGAUACCAAGGAGCGAGAUUUAAGAAAGAGGGGUGCAGACUAUUAAAAACAGUUAGACUAGUAUAUCUUUCAUACAGUGUUGAGGCAAGGCAAUAUUCUGAUUGAACCUGUGUAUAUUAAUAAUAAUAUUCAGUUAAUUCAUUAACUGCUUAUAUCAGGCGAAGUUAAUGUCAGAGGAGUGUUAUUAAUCAAUUGAUCAUCAGUUAUUCAUGUUAAAAUAAUCAUAUAUACCAGGAUUUUUGCGUUUGAACAACGGAUUUACGUUACUAAAUGUAAUUUUUCUUGUACAUACUUCACGAAAUCCUUUUUGAAUAUGAACUCCUCUGGAAUUAAUUUCUUUCACUUUAUUCUAUGUUAAUUGAUCUACCAACUUUUUAUAGGUUAUUAUUUUGUUUUACCAUUUAUAUUUUCAUUAUUUUGUGCAUAUGUGUUCCAUAUUGUUGAAAUUUUCUAAUAAACAGGAAUUUAUUAACCUCGUAUUUCAAAGCGUGCUUAUCCAUUUCCGUUUACAUUUUUAAUAUAUAAACGUACUUUGGUUGGAUAGUAUUGGACUUAUUUGCAGAAACAAUUUGGGUAUUCUAUUGAGUCAUGCGAGCUUUUUAUGUAUUUAACUGACGUAUGCACUCGGUGGAUCUAUUAAUAAACAUUUUUUUCUUUU